AUGCCGCCUAAGAAUGGUCGUGAUGAGGGGCCUGAAGAGGACUCGGAUUCUUCCGCAAAGCAAAGUGGGCAUGAGCGUGGUCAGCCUCCGAAAAAACGGCGAGGAGGCAUUAGAGUGGCUCUGAAAGCCAAGGUCGGUACGCUCGAGACGCAAAUGAGUCAUGUUCAGGCAACGCUGGACAAGGUCGUGUCUCUGUUGCAGCAUAACGAAGCUCAACCACGACCUGGAACCCUUGUGAAACCUCCCAAUCCAGCUCCGUUCUCCCUGGAGGACUGGGUGCAGAAAAAUGCCCACGCGAGCACCUCGGCCAAUUCCAAUAACCUUGUUCCAGCCAUGCACCGCCUGGAGCCCGUCGUCGGCAGUGGCGAUGACGAUGAAGAUGGCGAGUCUGAAGACACUGAGGCUCUUGGAUUGAUGCGGGGAAUGCUAAAGCGUGAGGCAUCACGGCGGCUGCGAGAGGAUGGACAUCCGGUCCAGCGGACGCGAGAAGGCUUCAGUGGACGUCGAGUGGAUCAGAUUAUAGGCGCGAAUGACCAGUCUCCGAACCGUCGUCGCAUCGACUCGCUUGAUGAUACUAUUCUGAGUGUCAGCAGGCAUUCGGGCGAAUUGACCGAGGCGAGGCUUGAUCCCAUCGCUCUGGGAUUAUGUUCAGAAGCAGAAGCGAGAACUCUUUUUGACUUAUUCUUUGCACUUGCCCAUCCGUUCAUGCCCGUGUUUGACCCAUCAGAAGAUAAUUGGCUCAGGCAAGUGACUGACUGGACGCCCAUUGACCGUCUCAGUCUCCGCACCAGAUCAGCCUUCGCCCUUACUGCCGUUCUAUUCGUGGCGAAGAAGAUACAAGAGGCUGGACAACCGAUGAGUCGGACACAGGCAGUGCUACGAGAGCAGGCAGAGAAGCUCGCGAAGGAGACCAUUUUCUCGCCCGUGUCCUCGAUUGAAGCUUUGCAAGGCAUGAUCCUGCUGGCUUCAUGGGGAGAUACUGGUUGGCGUCCUGGAUCACACUGCCUCAGCAUGGCUUUCGAUAUGGGUCUUUACCGAUGUUUACCUAGAUUGCAGCGCAGAAAAGGUGACAGGCUGAAGGAUGGCAAGUCUCCUCUGGAGUAUGACCGGAGCGCUGUGGAUGAGAAACGUCUGAUCGUUGGCGCAAGGCUGUGGCUGUUGGUCGUCAAAAUGGCUAUAGAAAUGUCUUACAACCAUGGUCGCCCGCUGCUUAUAACCGAUACGGACGUAUUGGCUAACGCCGAUGCUUUACUGGAUCAUCCAUUAUCAUUGCCCUCGGAUAGCCGCCUGAUAGCAUCUUGCGAACUGUUAAUCCUGCGGGUCCCUCUCUUCCGGGUCACGCUUUCUGAGACCUAUGAGAAUCAUGAUCAAGCGCUGCGUAUCUUCAACGACGGCGCGCCAGGCUGGGAGAGGCGAUGGACGAAGUACUAUAUCGCCAAGGGCGUCUCCGAAGACGACAUCCUCUUGACCGAUCUGUCAACUCAGCUUUGUUUUGCAAUUGUGAUUGCCAAUUCGAGUCUUCUGCGAUACGUCGAAGGGCCUGGGGAUGUGUCAAGUCUCUCUCUCCAUCGUCGGGAGUGGCUUUUGUCGGCUUUAGAGUCCGCCGGACUGGUGGCGAGGCGCAUCUUGGGACGAGAGAAAUACAAGCUCAAGGGAGCAAAUCAUUACUCGCAUGUGGCAUUGGCAGGUGUAGCGCGAAUAUACAUCCGACUCGCGACCCUUUUUCCUGAACACGUGGAUCAAAGGCAAGCAGCGAACGACAUCACGCAACUGGCAGAUGUCCUAGACACUUUUCCUGGCGUUCACUUCGCACAGCAGCUUCGACACGUGGUCCAAAAGGCCCGACGCAAGGGUGUAUUCGGGCGUGCCCCGCACGUGUCCUCAAGGACCAUGUCUGACACCCAUUCUAUUGAAUCGAGCUCUUCGCAUCAGGUCACCCAAAGUCCACUGGAUUUCGACAUUUUCCUUGCAGAACAGAUGCUGAACACCAGCAACGUGGGCCCAGUGCAGCCUGACCUCUCUGAUCCUUUCGCUGGGUUGUUUGACACUGGCAAUCCUACCGCAGGGUGGGAAUCAUUCAACAACAAUGAUCCGUUUGAACAGCAUCCGAUGCCCUGGCUUGAGGAACAACCAUACGGGGGUUUGCAGGAUUCGCACCCAUACCAAGAUUUUUUUGGCAGACAGGAGUGA